AUGAGCAUCCAGUCCCCACACAGACUACUGAAACUGGCCAUUCAGAGUCUGCUGACAGACAAGGCAUUGGCCAUGAGGGCUGUGGAAGAUUUGCCAGGGGAGCUCUUCCCACCAGUGUUCAUGGAAGCCUUCACCAGGGGACACAAUGAAGUCCUUAAGGCCAUGGUGAUGUCCUGGCCCUUUCCCUACCUGCCCCUGGGAGCUCUGACCAGCAUGUGGAAAAGAAAGAACUUAAACACUCUGGUGGAUGUUGCCCAGGUGCAGAACAGGAUGAUACAAGCUGUGCUGGGUGGUGUCGAUGUGCUGCUGAGCCAGAAGCUUGGUUCCAGGAGGUUGAAAUUGCAAGUGCUGGAUAUGCGGGAUGAGAAUCAGGACUUCUGGAGAGUCUGGGCUGCAAAUGAGUUGGAAGCCUGCUCCUCAGAAGUCAUGAGGAAGAGAAAAACAGAGGAGAUUCCACCAAGGGUAGCAAAACAGCAGCCACUUACAAUGAUUUUAGAUCUGUGGCUCAGUCAAGACUAUCUGAGUCCAUCCCAAUCCUACCUCCUCAAGUGGGCCCAACAGAGGGAAGACCUAGUGCAGCUGGAUUGUACAAAGUUGUGUAUUACAACUAGGUGCUUUGAAAUGAUCACGGAGGUCUUGGAAAUGCUGAACCUUGAUUCUGUGCAGGAGUUGAGUGUGGGUCAUUACUGGACACUAUAUACCUCGGCUUCUUUUGCCCCUUUUCUGGGUCAGAUGCGAAAUCUUCACAAGUUAGUUCUGUGUGAUGUCUCUGUGGUUCCUAUUCCCAUCAUUCACCCAGAGAAAAGAGAUCAAUGGCUCACCCAAAUCAUGUCUCAACUUCUUAAGCUUGAACAUCUGCAAGAGAUUUAUAUGAAUUCUGUCUCUUUCAUGGAAGGCCACCUGGACAUGGUACUCAGGUGCCUGACGUGCCCCUUGGAGACCCUCUCAUUAACUCACUGCCAGCUUUCACAUACUGACUGGAACAGGAUGCCCCACUUGGAAAUCACCAGACACCUAAAACACUUGGAUUUGAGUUACACCAGUCUGACUGACUUCAAUCCAAAGACACUCCAAAUUCUCCUGGAUAAUGCUGCAGCCACUCUGAGCAUCCUGCAUUUGGAAAAUUGUGGGAUCACAGAUGCACAGCUCUGUGCCUUAUUGCCUGCCCUGAGCUGCUGCUCCCAGCUCACUGCCUUCUGCUUCAUAAGGAAUUUCAUUUCCAUAGACACCAUGAAGAGCCUGUUGUGCCACACCGCCAGGAUGAGCAACUUAAGGCUGGAACUACACUCUGUUCCUCAAGAGGUUUACAUUCCCUGGCAUGAUGUCAACCAGCAGAUACAGAACCAUGUUCAGGAAACAAUGAGGAGCAUCAUAAAGCCACUAAAUCAUCCUAGGACAGUCUGGUUUUGUGUUUGUCACUGUGCACUCUGUUGCACCUCGCCACUGCAUAAAAUUCACCUUAGUCCAUGCCCUGCCUGUGUCCCUGUCUAG